AUGCCCGGAGGACGAGGAAGAGGAAGAGGAAGAGGAAGAGGAAGACGAGGAAGGGGGCGACCCCGUCGUAGAGAAGUAGGACGAGGUGUGGCAGUAGAGGGCCCACCUCAAGAAAGAUCAGAGACUGGGCCGGUAACAGUUACGCCGCUCCCAGUCUUACCACCAGUACAGCCUCCACCACAAGUAGAACCUCCACCCCAGCCUACCCCACCACUCCAAGUCGCACCUGAAGCUGCACCCCCAGUGGGUGGAGUAGAUGCUAAUACUAGGUUAAUGUGUGACUCCAUCCAAGCCCUAAUUCAAACCUUGGUAACCAAUCAGCAAGCCAGUCUACAACAGGCCCAGGAACAAGCCCAAGCACAGGCCCAGGCACAGGCGUUGGCACUGGCACAAGUACAGGCACAGGUACAGGCACAGGCACAGGCACAGGCACAGGCAUAG